AUGCAGCCCCUCUUGUCUCAGCUCGUGCGGUCGACCAAGGCUGUUCCGGGAUGUGCAUGUACUCGCUUGGUCACCAGUUUCAGGAGCUUGUCCGGAACGUCGUCGUUUCGGAGCGAGUCCAAAGCACCCGUGAGUCGUGCGAGCAGCUGGUGGGGAUGUCAGAAGGCUCGCAGCUGACCCGAACUUCCGGGUUGAGUUCCUCAAGCUCGCCAUAUAUGUUUCCAAAAGCCAUGAUCCACAUUUCAACCUGGCCUACGAGGAUUGGUAUGUAGUGGUUUCUUUCUCCGCUGCCCCCCUCUGCCCCCCUCUGCCCCCCCCACAUCGCACCCUCUCGGACCCAAAGGAUAGGGCGAACCGCUGAUGUGCUCUUGGGGACUGCGACGCAGGCUAUUUCGUAAAACAGAUUCGUCCAUUAUCACCUUGUACAUGUAUCGCAACACGCCAAGCAUCAUCAUCGGUCGGAAUCAAGUAAGCUAGCUCGCUUCCCGUGCCGAACCGGGUCGAGGGAUCUGAUCGCGAUUGAUGCCUUCAGAAUCCAUGGAAGGAAAUCGACCUUCAUCGAUCAGAACACCUUGGAAUCCCAUUCGUACGGAGAAAAUCAGGAGGCGGGACCGUCUAUCAUGUAGGGCCACCUCGAUCCACCCGUCCGAGUCUUCGGCGUGCUGAGAUCGAGGUUCUCCAACCUCUCCACAGGAUCUCGGCAAUACAAAUUAUUGCGUGUUCGUCCCUCGGCUCGAGUUCGAACGACGGACAAAUGCCGAGUUGGUCGCUAGGGCGCUCAACAACUUGGGCAUCGAGGCUUACGUCAAUGAGAGGAAUGAUAUCUGUGUCGAUUCGUUCAAGAUGAGUCGUCGGUGGCUUGAGGCUCGAUUUGCCGAGUUCGAAGUCGGUGGGGAUGAAAGUGCUUACCUAGGAUAAAUGUUGUUGGUCUUUACGUCUCAGGUUCGGCAUUCAAGCUUGUCAAUGCCCGGGCCUACCAUCACGGAACGAUGCUCAUCGAUGCCAAACUCAAAGACCUCAAAGGAUUGCUUGAGAAUUCCAGAGUAGGGGCACUUCGACGUACAGCUCUCAGGAAACCCACCACUGACUAAUAAUCUGGACAUCCACUUUUUUCCCAUCCAGGAUACUCUCGUGACCAAAGGCGUGGCAUCCGUACCCUCACCCGUCAAAAACCUGCGCGAAUUCAGUGCCACGAUCGAUCAUGCCUCAUUCGUGCGAGCCGUGACGAAAGAGUUUGGAAAGAGUCACGGUGAUGAGGGUAUAAAGAUUCAUGUGAGUCGAAGACGGCUGUGGCAUGGAAUUGAGUAGGGCUAAUCUCUGCAACCGUGAUCGGGGGCCGCGCGGGAUAGGAGGUUGACGAAUCCGAGGUGGAGCGGAACGACUAUGCCAGGGGCGUCAUCGACGAACUCCAGGUGAGCCUCAUCAUACUUUGAGCUCGUUGAACAUCACUGAUGAAGUACAUGUUCCCAGUCAUGGGAUUGGAAGUAUGGCCAAACGCCCGAAUUCACACAUGACGUCUCGGGUGAAUUCCCCUUCGGACCACUAGUGAGCACUUUCGGGGACUCAGCAUUGUCCCAACAUUGAACGCAAACUUCGUCUUUUCAUCCAGGCAUACCACAUCACCUCUCGGCACGCGCUCAUCACCUCAUGCACGAUCACGACCUCACCUUCGAAUGCGGAUUAUUACCGAGCCGCACAGACAGUGCGUGAGAUUGUACAGGAUCUAAGGUAUGGAUCUCUGGAUGGAGUCGAGGGCAAGAUUCCGCAGGGAUUGAAAGGGAAGAGGGUAGAGGAGUUGUUAAAGUGGUUGAGAGGGGUGAUGUAA